AAAUGAUUGAGCCUGGCGGAAAGAUGGCGUGCUCUCUUGGAAUCGAGAUGGAAGUGUUUGUAUUGGAUUGUCAACAAUUUUAGAAAAUUUGCUGCCUGUAAAAAUGUGAGGGAAAAAAAAAAUUAGUGUAUAACAAGGAAUGUGAAAAAUAAAAAAUAAAAGGCUUGUAUAAAUGUGUAGUCAAUAAAUGCUUAGUUGCUAGAAAAGACAUCUUCCUCUCGUAGAUGAGAAAUCUGAAAAUAAUGAGAUGCCAUUGUGGUGAGUGAUACAAUUCUUUUUGGAUCAGAGAAGAUCACUACUUAAAUAUGAGUGUUGAAACAGAAUUAACUGAAGCUAUUGAGCUGAAAAUACCAGCUGCCUCUCCAACUAUGCAAAGUGAUUUAUCUGGUGAUGGUGAUACAAAUGCAGCUCAAAAUGCUUCAGUUUCUAAUAAUAAGUUAUCACCCUCUUCUCAGGAAGCUGUUAGUUGUGAACCUAAAGUCAAGAAAAGACGAAAACAGAGUAAUCCUUUAAAAAUCCAAAAUCCUACUUCACCAAAAUUUGAUUUACCUUCAUAUGAUAUAGGAGAACAGCCUGAACCUGAGAAUGAUCAGGCAGUUUCUUAUUCUGUUGGUGAAGAAUUUCAAAAUGAAGAUGUAACAGAAAAAAGUCGACCAUCUGACUAUGCAUCACAAAAAAGCUCUCUUUCUCGAGUAACAAAUGCCUUAUACAACACCAAGUUACGAGAAAUUGCAAAAUCAAGUACAAAUAGCUCUAAAAGCAAAGAAUCUUCAUUGCAGUCUUUAACUGAUGUAAGUUCUCCAGAAUCAAAUGAAGAAGUUCUGAACAAUGAAUACAAAAAUUCUGUACAAAAUGCCUUUUCUCAAAUGCCUGCUUUACUUCCUAUUAAUCCAGUUGAUAUUGCAAGAGAUGCAAUGAAGUUGAGUAAUGUAUAUCCUUUCUCAGAAUUUUCUUCUCCUAUGCAACAAGGAAAUAUGAAUUUGUCAAUUUCUCAACGUAGUUUUGUAACGUCCAAUGGUGUUAGAGUUUUUAACCCAGAAGCCUAUUGUGAGUUAUGUGAAAAAGAAUUUUGUAACAAGUAUUUCCUUAAAACUCAUAAAGCAAAUAAACAUGGAAUAUGCAAUGUCGAUAAUAAUACGGGUAGUUAUAGCUACAAAACCUCAUAUAAAACUAUGCAAAUGAAUAAUCAGUCUUCUCAACAGGCGUACAAUCAAAUGUGUGAAACUGGGGUAAAUUUUGGUACUUCUGAUUCUUACUGUAAUAUUUGUCAAAAGUAUUUCUGCAACAAAUAUUUCCUUAAAAAACAUCGCCAAAAUAUUCAUGGCAUUCAGGAAGAUUCUGUUAAUCCUAGUAGUAUCCACGUACCUGUAAUAUCAUCACCUUUGCCUUUAGUGCGCCCAUUGGUUCUUGAUUCUAAGACCUCUGAAAAUGCUACUGGACAAAUAACCAAAGAUGAAGAAUUGAAAGCAAAUGUAAGCAUAGAAAAUAUAAAAAAUUCUUCAAACUCCAGCAUACCUCUUUUAAAUGGUUCUAGUCCUCAAGUACCUCAAAGUAAAACACUUACCCAAAGUAUUAAUCAAAAAGAAAAAAAAGGUGACAAAUUCUUGUGUGAGUUGUGUAACAUAGAAUUUUGUGAAAAGUGCUACCUCGAUGCUCAUAAAAUUAAUAAACAUGGGCAAGCCAAAAUAGCUGGCAGUGAAUUUCCUGAAUUUUCAGAAGUUGGAAAAAUAGAACACGGUGAAAAACCUAACCAGCCAGAUGAUAUGAAUGAACCAAAAGACAAUUUUAAAGGUCAGAUGUGUGCUCCUUGUAUGAAAAAUUUCACCAGUGCAGAGUCAUUUCAGUGCCAUAUGCUUGAAGUUCAUGGGGCUUCCUUGAAAGACGAAGAUGAAACUUCUCUAACAUCUGAUAUAAUGAACAAAAAGAAUGGCCUGAUACACUUUGAUAAUGAAAAUGUUGCUGACAAGUCACCAUCGUCUCAUGAAAUGGAAAAUAGUAAUGGUUCUUCAGAUUCGAGUUAUAACUGCUCAAUCUGCUAUAUGAAACUGCGAGAUAAGAAGAGUUUUGUGAAUCAUUUGGAGGCAGAUCACUCCAUUGUUGGUAGUGCUGCUUUAGAAAUGUGUCUUUUGCAAGAAGGUACUACCUGUGAAGUUUGUCAGGAACAGUUUCUUGAUCGUAUAGCUCUGUUUACACAUAAGUAUAAAGUUCAUGGUAUAGCUCCCUCAGGUUUUGAAGCUUAUUUUGAUUCUGUUGAAAAUGGAGAUUAUGGAUUUUUCUCUAGUGGUCGACAGAAAAGUGGAGGAAGUAGUUUUUGUCAGAUUUGCAAUAAAGAAUUGUGUAAUAAAUAUUUUAUGAAAACUCACAUGAUGAAAAUGCAUGGCAUUGAUGUUGACAAAGGACAACCAGAUCGAUGGCCUGUUGCUCCUGGUGGAGGUGUGUACUGCGAUAUUUGUCAGAAAUAUUUGUGUAGUAAAUAUUUUCUUAAAGUUCAUAAACAAAAUGUGCAUGGAAUAAUGGAUGAUUCCACAAAGCUCUCUGUUGUUGGAAGCCCUUCUUACAAUACCAUUAUGUCGUCAAACGAGAAAAAAAUUGACUGGCAUUCCAAUAACUUUUCUCAGGGUGUUAAAUUAAACAGUAAUAUUCUCAAUGAUUCAAGUGUUAACAGUGAAGAUCCAAAAAAGCGAAAUACUGGUAAUUUGUUCUCUUGUGAAAUUUGUGGUCAAGAAUUCCUUGACAAGGUUUCAUUGAAAGUCCAUUUGGUAAAUAAACAUGUGAAAUCCAGUGAAAAUAAAAUAUACCCCAAUAAUGCGGCCAGUCCUUUUUCCCUCUUAGGUGAUGAUACCAAGGAUGUUUUAAAAAAUGGUAUCCUUCCAUGUUCUUGUUGUUCAUUUGUUAAUUUAGAUGAUAGUUCCAAACUUUCUCAAUUAAAUAGUUCAGAUGUAAAAAUGUUAUCAUGUAUUAUAUGCAAUGUAACUUAUCGUCAACUUGAUUAUCAUACUCAUCAUUUGAGCCACGGCAUAACUCUACCUGCUGGGAAAAAACUUCCAGGAUCUGAAAAUGGAAUUCAUGAACUAAAUCUGGGAUUCAACCAUUCAGGGAAUCAUAUGGUUGACCCAGACGAUUCAGAAAAAGUGCAACCACGCAAAUUUAAAAGGUUUCGUUGCAGUAAGUGCGACAAAACAUUUCGCACCAAAAUCAGAUGUCUUCAUCAUAUUCAAGUCAUGCAUAAGAGUAAGAAGGGUCUUACAAGCCAGUUUGACCAACAAAACCCAUCCAAAAAAUAUUCUCCAAGUAACUUAACUUUAAGGAAGAACCUUGAGCAAAAAAUUAAUGCUCAUAGUCCAGAAAAUGGCACUGAUUUGAUUGGAGGUAAAGAAGAAGAAGAAAAGCUUAAUUUUAUGGCUACAGGAUUUCAAAAUGCAAUGCACUUACCUGUGCCAUACAAAUUGCCUGAGAACUCAAAAGUAAUAAUGCAGCCUUUUCAUCUUACUGAACCAAAACCAGAUGGAGUCUCCAAACAGAAUUUAUUUGUCCCUUCUCUGGUUUAUCUUCCUGUUAGUCAGGAAGUAUCUGAAACAGUUACUGUUGCUUUCACCUUAACUCCAGCCUGAAAGGUGAUAAUUGCAUAUGUGAAGGAUGAGAAAGCAAGCACUGUUCCUCAUUCUGACAAAGUGCUUAGUUCUGCAUACUCAUAGUAUGUAUCUCUCCAUUUUCAUGUAACUGUCAAUUCAUUGAAUGUGCACUCUGCUAAUAACUGAAACCUUUUGUGAAAAGGGGAUCUGUAGAGGUAUUUGUUAUUUUUUUCUUCGUGUGUUGAUUUAGGGCAUGUAUCUUGUAGAGAACUAAUAUGAGACCUAUGCCUGAAACAAGUAUUUUCUGUGUUUUUAAUCAUAAGGGGAGAUCAUAACUUUGAGACACUUUCAGUUGAAGGGAAUUAUUUUCCUUCACUUUAUUUUAAAAAUAAUUUUUGGCUGUUAUUGCCAAUUUAAUCUAUCUCAGGUGUCCUUUCUGAUUCAAAUCUUCCAUUACAGAAAAAGUCAAUGCACCUUAUUUUUUUAUCAUUUAAAGAUAUAAUCUGGUCUAAAAAGUUUUAUUCUUCUCUGUUAGAAUACUUUUAAAGGUGGGGAAAAUUAAGCAGCAAUCAGAAGUUGUACAGGAAGUUCAUUUUCAAGUUAAAAAAAAAUGCACAAAAAGUAUAUGGUUCAUUAGCAUAUUAAAGUUUUAAUAUAAAAAUUAUUGCAAUUUAAUAUUAUGAGAUAGGAAUAAUAAUCCUAUUAA